AUGUCGACUGGGGAAGCCGCGGGGACAGCCGAGCUCCUGGAACCGGGCGGCAGGACCAAGUCGAGCAGCCCCCGCCAAAUCCCGGUGGUCAGCGUGGUGACGGAGGAUGAGUCGGAGCAAGGUGUUUUAAAGCCUAUGGACCUUAAUCGUGUCAUCAAACUCCUGGAAGAGACUGAUGAAGUGAACAAGAAUGAUUUGGAAGAUAAACAGCUUAAGUGUGUCAAGAAAUUGGUCCAGUGCUACCAGAAUGGACUUCCACUAAGGGAUUUGGCACAGAUGUUUAAAAUUCUAAAUCUGUGUUCAGGAAAAAUUGAAAACCAGCCUCUUUUUGUGGACUGUGCAUGCGAUGUCCUGAAAUUGUGUGGCUUGCCGUUUUUGAAAAAGAAAGCAUCAGAUGAAAUCACAUAUGCCGAAGACACUGCUAAUUCCAUUGCACUUCUGGGUGACUUAAUGAAAAUACCAAGCUCUGAAUUAAGAAUACAAAUUUGUAAAUGUAUAGUUGAUUUUUAUCAUGCAGAGCCAAAGAAGCAUAUUACAGGUUACCAGCAGGUGAGUUCAUCCUAUAAGAUUCACAUGGCUGAAGUUGGGGGACUGGCGAAAACGGUAGUCCAGUCAAUGGCCUUCCUUGAAAACCAACUUGUUGAGAAACUCUGGGUCCUUAAAGCUCUGCAGCAUCUCUCGACCUCUGAAGUUAAUUGUACUUUUAUGACGAAAGCACAAGCAGCCAGUACAAUCUGCUCUCACCUCAAUGACCCAGACCCCUCUGGACAACUUCUGUUUCGCUCAUCAGAAAUACUGUGGAACUUAUUGGAAAAGUCUUCAAAAGAAGAAAUUAUCCAGCAGCUGAGUAAUUUGGAAUGUCUGCUGACUUUGAAGGAAGUAUUUAAAAAUCUAUUUAUGAGAGGUUUUAGUCAUUAUGAUCGUCAACUGAGAAAUGAUAUAUUGGUGAUCACUACAAUUAUAGCUCAAAACCCGGGAGCACCAAUGGUUGAAAGUGGCUUUUCCCAAGAUUUAAUAUUAUUUGCAACCUUUAGUGAAGUUAAAAGUCAAAAUCCUUUGGUAAAAGGACUUAAGCUUACUAAUUCCUAUGAAGAUUUUGAGUUGAAAAAAUUGCUUUUCAACAUAAUUGUGAUCUUAUGUAAAGACUUGGCUACUACACAGCUAUUAGUUCAUGGCAAAAUUAUUUUGGCUUUAUUCACCUACGUUAAAAAACCAGAGAAACACAAAAUUGUUGAGUGGUCUGCAGCACAGCAUGAAGAAUUACAGCUACAUGCAAUUGCCACGUUGUCGUCAGUGGCCCCUUUAUUGGUGGAAGAGUAUAUGCUGUGCCAGGGAAAUGCCCGGGUGCUUGCCUUUCUAGAAUGGUGUGAGAGUGAAGAUCCCUUCAUGAGUCAGGGGAACAGUUUUCAUGGCACAGGGGGCCGUGGAAACAAGUUCGCCCAGAUGCGUUACACGUUACGACUGCUCAGAGCCAUGGUCUACCUGGAAGAGGAAGCCAUCAACAAGGAUCUUUGUGAGAAGGGUCUAAUUCAGCAACUGAUAGGAAUCUUUAAAAAUACAAUAAGCAAGCAUAGUGAAAAGGAAGAGGCCAUUGUUCUGGAGAUUCAGUCUGAUAUCUUACUCAUCUUAUCUGGCCUUUGCGAACAUCACGUUAACAGAAAGGAAACUUUUGGAACUGACGGAGUAAAUAUAAUUCUCCAUGUAAUGAGAACAGACCCCAAGAAGUUACAGAGUGGAUUAGGCUAUAAUGUACUUCUUUUUAGUACAUUGGACAGCAUUUGGUGCUGCAUUUUGGGAUGUUACCCCUCUGAAGAUUACUUUCUUGAAAAAGAAGGUAUUUUUCUCCUUUUGGAUUUAUUGGCAUUGAACCACAAAAAAUUCUGUAAUCUAAUACUUGGGAUAAUGGUUGAAUUCUGUGACAAUCCCAAAACUACGGCUCAUGUCAAUGCUUGGCGAGGAAAGAAGGAGCAGACAGCUGCAAGUCUUUUAAUCAAAUUGUGGAGAAGAGAAGAAAAAGAACUUGGUGUAAAACGUGAUAAAAACGGGAAGAUAAUCGAUACAAAGAAACCCCUACUUACUAGCUUUCAAGAAGAGCAGAAAGUCAUGCCACUGCCUGCCAACUGCCCUACAGUUGCAGUCAUGGAUGUUGCUGAGAAUAUCCGAGCAAAGAUUUAUGCUGUGUUGGGCAAACUGGAUUUUGAAAAGUUGCCUGGCCUGUCCGCUGAGGAUUUUGUCACUCUUUGUAUCAUACAUCGGUAUCUUGACCUUAAAAUUGGAGAAAUAUGGAAUGAAAUAUAUGAGGAAAUAAAAUUAGAAAAAUUAAGACCAGUCAGUGCAGAUGCAAAAAUUCUGGAAGCUAUUACAACAGCAUCGGAGAACAUUGGAAAGAUGGUUGUUUCCUUGCAGAGCGAGAUGAUCGAGAGCCAAGCACGCCAAGAUGUACAAAACGAGCAAAAAGUUUAUUCAAAAAUACAAGCCACACACAAGCAAAGGGAAUUGGCUAAUAAAUCUUGGGAAAAUUUCUUGGCCAGAACAUCAAAUGCUAAAACAUUAAAGAAAGCAAAAAGGCUUCAGGAAAAGGCUGUAGAAUCCUCUAGAUACAAUGAACGACCACAAAACGCAAUCUUUCAUCGGACAGAUAUCAAAGGCCUUAACACAACGGUGGCCUCUGGCCCGGUAGUAACAGUGGAAAGCACGCCUGCCCGGAUAAUAGGAGGCCCUCUGGCUGACACAGACCUUGCUCUGAAGAAGCUGCCUGUCCGAGGAGGAGCCCUGCAGAGGGUGAAAGCAGCCAAAACUGCCGAGGAGCUGAAGAAGAGUAAUCCGAAAUAAACGCCCUCGAGGCAGUGUCUAGUUAAAUAUACCUUUAUCUGAAAAUGUAAAGCAAAUAUUUUAGUAAAUUAUUGUGUCUAAAAAAGUAA